ACAUCCGCCGCCGGGGCCUGCGUCACGUCCGGCGGCGGCCAGCUGUGUUCGCUCAUCGCCGGGAGAUGGAGGAAAAGGAUGUGACCUGACAAAGGAGCCGCUCACACACACAGCACAGCCCCGCCGCGGUCGCCCCGAGUCCGGCCCCCUUCCCCUUCUCCCGUCGGAAUCGGCAGGUGGCAGGCCCCUCGGCCGCCGGCUCCGCCAUGAACGGCCUGUCCCUCAGCGAGCUCUGCUGCCUCUUCUGCUGCCCGCCCUGCCCGAGCCGGAUCGCCGCCAAGCUCGCCUUCUUGCCGCCCGAGCCCACCUAUGUGGCGGUGGCCGACGAGUCGGGCAGCUGCUGGACCUUGCGCUUCACCGAGCGCGCCGAGUGGCAGUACGGCCAGAGGGAACUCGACUGUACCGACAUCUUCCUCACCCGCACCAGCCGGGGGAACAGGAUCGCCUGCAUGUUCAUCAGGUGCUCGCCCACUGCCAGGUUCACCCUUCUCUUCUCUCAUGGAAAUGCAGUGGAUUUGGGUCAGAUGAGCAGUUUCUACAUCGGUCUAGGCACCAGAAUCAACUGUAACAUCUUCUCCUAUGAUUACUCAGGGUAUGGAGUCAGCAAUGGGAAACCUUCUGAGAAGAAUCUGUAUGCAGACAUCGAUGCAGCAUGGCAAGCAUUGCGGACCAGAUAUGGCAUUAGUCCUGAGAACAUUAUACUGUAUGGGCAGAGUAUUGGUACAGUUCCGACUGUAGACCUGGCUUCCCGAUAUGAAUGUGCUGCCGUUAUACUGCAUUCUCCUCUGACCUCAGGAAUGCGAGUGGCGUUCCCAGAUACAAAGAAAACAUACUGCUUUGAUGCAUUCCCUAACAUUGAUAAAAUCUCCAAAAUCUCAUCUCCUGUGUUGAUUAUCCAUGGCACCGAAGAUGAAGUGAUCGACUUCUCUCACGGCCUUGCGUUGUAUGAGCGUUGCAUGAAGGCAGUGGAGCCAUUGUGGGUGGAAGGGGCUGGUCACAAUGACAUUGAACUCUACAGCCAGUACCUGGAACGCCUCCGAAAGUUUAUCUCAUAUGAACUGGUGAAUGUGCAACGGAAUUGAACGCAACCCAGAACAAAGAUUUUGGAAAGUCUAUUUUUUCAGGAGAACUUUGGAUAGUAUCAGAAACACAAACACAACCAUGAUUUUUUUUUAAUUCACAUUGGGUGCUAGUACAGGUAAAGCAUAGAAAACAAAUGUGAUGCAACAAUUAGUCUCGACAAUUUUGCUAAUUAUUUACAACCAUAGUAAAUAGUUACUUUUCUAUUUGUAAGUAAUUGUAGGAAUGAAGCAAGAGUAAAGAUGAAUUUGUCCCUUUUAAGAUGAGGCCCUUUAAUGCAAUAUGUUUGGUAAUUUUGGCUAAUGAAUAGAGAAUUGUAGUGUAUUUUGAACAUUUCUGAAUCAAAUACAGUAAGUCAUUCUUGGGUCACAAUUUUUAGAUGGCUAUUACCUCAUCAUAAAGAAAACGAGGUUGUUUUCUCAAAAAUUAGCCAAAACGACCAUGGUAUCUGCAUUACAAAAUUCUGCUCUUAAGAGGUAACUCCACUCUUCGAUUUUCUCAUCCUUUAAUAUUGAGAAUGUUUAUCUGUCAUAUUGAUAUCAGCUGGUUGUGUUUCAUAGCCUCUCCCAUUACUCCUACAUAAACUGCCAUCUCUUAGCUCCAUUUAAAUGUGCUGAGGAGUAGGGAGGAUUUUGGAACUUGCUGCCAGGCUGCAUAGAGUUGUUUUGGUAGUGCAAGUUAGAAAUAGCAUAAUUAAGUAUGGAGAAAGAUGGCCCAAGACUGUGAUUAAGGAAAUCAUGAUUGUGGAGGAACAAGCCUGUAUAGAAUUUGCCAGAUUGGUGGGGGUGGGGGGAAGAAAUAUCAAUAUUCACUAAAAUUUAUUUAAUAACUACUAAUAAACGUGGUUCGGUUUAAGGCUGUGAAUGUUCAGUUAGUUUCACAGCUCAAUGUAUCAAGUGUUCACACAUUAUUACUUCUGCCAUUCCUGUAGACAAAGGUGAGGUUUAUUCAGUGUCAAAUGGGGUGCAUUUUCAAUAUCUGGUGCAGUCGACCACAUAGCCAACCAUGCUGCUUUUGACAGCACAGAUCUCAUGCUGUGAGAAAGCUUGGGGCACCAAGAUGUCCAUCAACUGGUUGGCAGCAACUUGGUAGCUCCAUUAAAGUUUGUGUCCAUGCUUAUGGCUUCCAUUUCAUAUUGCAAGCUGUUUAAAGCAAUCAAUAAUAAAUUGAUUCUGAGAUCCAUCUUUAUGAAAUUUCCCUUGUGGUUCGGUGGAUGAGUGUACUGCACAGUUUCAAACUGAGCCAUAUAGACCAGGAGGCAGAAGGUUCCUGGAUCUGAGUGUGUGCUGAGUUAGAUGAUCUCAGCUGUAGUGAGCUUAGACAAAUUUGAAAUCUCACUCCUGUGGCAUUGGGAUGGGGGGGUGGAUUAGCUAGGGUUUUCGCUCCUGAUUGCUUUCCAUUGACUUUUACUAGAUAUCAUGCAAAUCUGUGGGUGUUAGGUGAGGAUAAAAACAGGCAUGUCUCUGACUUCCAACCCACCUUCUUUUUCUCCCCCCCCCUUACAUGGUCAGUGCUUGCACUCGUCACUUGGACGAGGUGAGGGGCAGCCGUUGCAUGUGGAGCUGUGUCCCAGCAUGAGUCGGGCGCUCUCAAGAGAGGGAAGAACGGAACUGGAGAGGCGAGGAAACAACAGUCCAUCUCAUACUUGCUAACACUCAGCAAGACUGAAUCCAGUAAAUUAUCUUGCAAGAUUGCCUGGAUAAUAGAUAUAACUGUAAUAUAAUGAACAGAAUGAUUAUCUAUAAGUGUACAGUAAAUCAGUUUUAAAUCUACACUACUGCUUGUUCACAUUAUGUUAAAUGGACAAUUUUUUUUGUAUCUUUUUCAAUCUGUAAACACUAGAACCUGGAGCAACUAAAAAUGGCUGAUAUCCACUAAUUUUAUAAAUAUCAGCAAAUAGUAGAACUGAAAAUGAAAUAAACAGGAUCUUUACCCGGAA